GAUCCCCCAGGUGAGUUACGCCUCCACGGCCCCGGAGCUGAGCGACAACACGCGUUACGACUUCUUCUCGCGCGUGGUGCCCCCGGACACAUACCAGGCCCAGGCCAUGGUGGACAUCGUCAAGGCCAUGCGCUGGAACUACGUCUCCACCGUGGCGUCAGAGGGCAACUACGGAGAGAGCGGCGUGGAUGCCUUCAUACAGAAGUCUCGAGAGGACGGAGGUGUGUGCAUCUCUCAGUCGGUCAAGAUUCCCAGGGAGCCGAAACCGGGAGAGUUUGAUAAGGUCAUCCGCAGACUAAGAGAAAACCCAAAUGCAAGGGUGGUCAUCAUUUUUGCCAAUGAGGAUGAUAUCAGGCGUCUACUCCAAGCAGCCAAGAAGGCCAACCAGACUGGCCAUUUCAUUUGGGUGGGCUCAGACAGCUGGGGCUCAAAGAUCUCUCCAGUGUUACACCAGGAGGAUAUGGCAGAGGGAGCAGUCACCAUCCUGCCCAAACGCCAGUCCAUCAGAGGGUUUGAUCGUUUCUUCAUCAGCCGCACACUGGAGAACAACAGGAGGAAUAUCUGGUUUGCUGAGUUCUGGGAGAACAACUUUGCCUGCAAGCUGAGCCGACACGCUUUGAAGAAAGGGUCCGGGUUGAAGAAAUGUACAAAUCAGGAGCGGAUAGGGAAGGACUCCAGCUACGAGCAAGAGGGGAAGGUGCAGUUUGUGAUCGAUGCAGUCUAUUCCAUGGCCCACGCGUUGCACAACAUGCACAGGGAGCUCUGUCCAGGGAAGGUGGGCCUUUGCUCCAGGAUGGACCCCAUCAAUGGCACUCUGCUGCUCAAACACAUCCGCCUGCUCAACUUUGCAGGCAUAGCUGGCAACCCAGUGCUCUUCAAUGAGAACGGCGACGCCCCUGGUCGCUAUGAGAUUUACCAGUACCAGAUCAGAAACAGAACAGCCGAGUACAAAAUCAUCGGCCACUGGACCGAACAGCUCUAUCUGAACAUCCGAGCAAUGCACUGGCCAGGUGGAGGUCGUCAGAUCCCCUACUCCAUCUGCAGUCACCCCUGCCAGGCCGGAGAGCGCAAGAAGGUAGUGAAGGGCAUCCCUUGCUGCUGGCACUGCGAGCGCUGCACUGGCUACCAGUAUCAAGCAGACACCUACAGCUGCAAGAUGUGCCGCUUUGACCUGCGUCCCAACGAGAACCAUACGGCCUGCCGUCCCAUCCCCAUCGUCAAGCUGGAGUGGAGCUCCCCCUGGGCCGUCAUCCCUGUCCUCAUCGCUGUGCUGGGCAUCAUGGCCACUCUGUUCGUGGUGGUCACCUUCAUCCGCUACAAUGACACGCCCAUCGUCAAGGCGACGGGCCGCGAGCUCAGCUACGUUCUGCUGACUGGUAUCUUCAUGUGCUACGCCACCACCUUCCUCAUGAUUUCUGCCCCUGAUGUUGGAAUCUGCUCCCUCAGACGGAUCUUCCUGGGUCUGGGGAUGAGUAUCAGCUACGCAGCCCUGCUCACCAAGACUAACCGCAUCUACCGCAUCUUUGAGCAGGGAUCCAUGUCGGUGAGUGCCCCCAGGUUCAUCUCCCCAGCCUCCCAGCUGGUCAUCACCUUCAGUCUGACUUUGGUGCAGCUACUGGGGGUGUGUAUCUGGUUCGGUGUGGACCCGUCUCAGGCCAUCAUCGACUACGAGGACCAGCGCACGGCAAAUCCGGACAUGGCCCGUGGCGUGCUCAAAUGUGACAUCUCCGACCUUUCUCUGAUCUGCCUGCUGGGCUACAGCAUGCUGCUCAUGGUCACCUGCACGGUGUACGCCAUCAAGACCCGGGGGGUGCCGGAGACCUUCAAUGAGGCCAAGCCCAUCGGCUUCACCAUGUACACCACCUGUAUAGUCUGGCUGGCCUUCAUCCCAAUCUUCUUUGGCACCUCCCAGUCCACAGAGAAGAUGUACAUCCAGACAACCACGCUGACCAUCUCUGUGAGUCUGAGUGCCUCUGUCUCUCUGGGAAUGCUCUACCUGCCCAAGGUCUAUGUGAUCCUCAGGCACCCAGAGCAGAACGUGCCCAAACGCACGCGCAGCCUCAAGGCCGUGGUCACCGCCACCACCAUGUCCAACAAGUUCAACCCCAAGGCCAGCCUACGUCCCAACGGAGAGGCCAAGACCGAGCUGUGCGAGAGCCUGGAAACACAAGCUUUUGCCACAAAGCAGACAUACAUCAGCUACAGCAACCACGUCAUCUAGGAGAGGAAGGCCGUCGUCGUUGUUCAGGAUGGUCACCUCGUGGCGGGUGAAAAUGUUCUUAUGCAGUGGAAUGAAAUGUGAAAGAAAGAGAGGAAGAAAAUGGACAUGGGACACAUUGUGAGGAUCACUAAAGGAUUUCCCAGGGAAUAGUCAUGGUAAAGGAAAGAGAUGAGAUCACACAGAGAUGCAGGGAGGGACCCUCAGGGGACCCAACAGAACAGAUACAGUAUAAUGGUGAUGUUCCAUCUUGUGUCGGCCAUGACAGACAAGACUAACACUUCCGCCCUGGCAGAGACCGGAGAGGACAUGAUGCGAGAUGAGGAUUCUCCUCCCUUCUCGUUGUUUACAUUGCAGCUUUAUCCUCUCUCUCUCUCUCUCUCUCUCUCGCUCUCGCUCUCGCUCUCGCUCUCGCUCUCGCUCUCGCUCUCGCUCUCUCUCGCUCUCUCUCGCUCUCUCAAUGACUUCUUAUCUUGAGCCGACCGGACUGACAUGCAAUCCAAUUGAAAGAAUCUGUUCAGCUGUGUGCGAUGCAAGGUUGUAGUCUGCCAGUAUUGUCAUCAGUAAGGGACAUUCCUUUACAUCAGUAAAGGAAGUUGCAGAGCCACCAGGAUAAGAGUGAUCAAGGAUUUUAAGUUCUGUAAUUAUUAUUAUUAUUAUUUUUUUUUUAAGGUAUUCCAGUUUAAAAAGAAAAGACUGGAUGAAAAAAAUAAUUCCAACAAUGCAGGAUAAUUGUACACCAUCAUAUUUUUGUUGUUUUUACCUUUCCUGUCUUCAUUGAGUUGCCCAAAAAAAUUAUAAUGAUGUUACUGAUUUUGAGCAUGCCAGUUUGAACAUCCUGUGUUGUGUUGUAGAAAAAUAUUUGGAAUGCGUUCAAGCUCUGUUGCAGUGUCGUUCCCAUUGUUUAGCCUGAGCCUAUUGUACGUAAAUUCCAAACUGGUGAAGGUC